CCACUAUCUGCAUCGUGCAUCUUCACUUGCUGCACUUACUUGUCUUGUCGCUGGCGGGCGUGCACGCUUCUCUUCGUUCGAUCUGCGGUGCUCGGGGCUCGGCGUCCGUCGGCGUGGGUGACCCUGAUUCCCAAGCGCUAACUAAUCAUCAUCAUCACCACCGGACCGGGCACUACUCGACCGCAACUCAGUCCAGAAUCCAGUCUUUCGCUGUGGCUCAGAAGCUUUUCCAAGCCACACAUACCAGAUCUGCAGCUGCAGCUGUGCCUGGGAGCAAGUUCUAGUCUGUCUGACGUCACGUCCACCGCCUCGAGCGAAGCUUCAAUUUCUUGAGCGGUGCCCAGAAAGGUCCAUUAAAUACCGCCAGCUUGCGCGUUGUCCCAUCCUAAUCCCCAGAGUUGUUCCGCAAGAGCGUUCCCGCACCACCGACCGACAGCAGCACCCACAUUCACCCCACUAAGAAACAUCCACAGCCCCGGCCAUGGCCUCGCCAACCUCCACACUCCCAACCCGGUCCGCGACCACCCGCACCAGCAGCACCCUCGACGACGAUGCUAUCCCCGACGAAGAUUCCAGUGAGACCUCUCAGCUCUUUCAUGAGCGCUUGCAAGCCUGGAAACAUGCCGUCAAGUAUGUCGAGGAUUACAUUCAGGCCACGGAGAAGAUGCACCACGACAAUGCCAAAGAUUAUAAUAAAGUGCUCAAGACCGUCAGCAGCCCUCUGAAGGAAGGGCAUCACUUUGACCAAAACCUGGGCGGUGUGGCCGGGCUCUUCGACAACGUGCGUUCGAACACACAAGCUCUGGUCAACAGCCAUAAUGAAACGGCUUCGACUCUCAAGGGCACCGUCUUGCCCAUCUUUGAGCGGUUGCACUCGGAGAUCAAGAACAAGACCAAGGAGCUGACCAAGGGUGCCGGCAAGGGCUCUAAAGCCGUGGACAAGGCGCGAGGCGUAUCGCAGAAGCACAUUGAGCUUCUGGGUCAGCACACCGCCGCUUACGAUUCCUCAGGCGGUAGUGUCAAAGCUGCCGAUGACCCGUACAUUCUGCAACGCCAGGUCUACCAUCGCUUGAACAAGCAGGUACUUGAGGAGAACAACAACAGAGACGAUAUGCUCUCCGUGCAGAACAGCUUUGCACAAUUUGAAGCGCACAUCAUCGCCACGCUGCAACAUGGCUGGCAACAAUUCAACCAGGUGGUGUCCACGCAGGCGGACAAUACGCGCUCGCUGUAUGGCGACAUGACAGGCACGAUUCAGCGUAUACCUGCCGACUUUGAGUGGAACGGUUUUGUGAAGCGUAAUGUUGGUGUUUUGAUCGAUCCCAAUGGCGGCAAGCGUGCAGUUGAACAAAUCAAGUUCGCCAAUCAGGACCAUUCCGCUACCCGCCCGCUCAUAGCUGGCUCGCUGGAGCGCAAGAAGAUGCUCAAGCGCUACGAUGCUGGCUUUUAUGUCGUCACACCGUCAAAGUAUUUGCAUGAAUUCAAGACGGACGACGACUUCGCCAAGGAUCCCAGUCCCGAGAACUCCCUCUACCUCCCCGAUUGCAUGAUUGGUGCUGUGGACGGCGUCAAGUUCAACGUCCGAGGAAAGGAUACGAGCGGCAACGCCAUGAUGAACAAGAUGGCUCGGGCUCACGAGUUCGCCUUCAAGGCCCACACGCCCGACGAUGCAAGGAAGUGGCACAGCAUCAUUGCGAGUGUUGCUGGACAGACAUCGAACGAAUUGCCUGGCAACGACGAGAGUCCCAUCUCCAGCCCUGUGACCAAGAGUGAGGAAGCAGCUGCUCCUCCUCCAGUCGCGGCGCCGGCAGGCACAGUUGCAGAGCCAGUACCAACGACAACGGCUGCACCAGGUUCUGCAGUGUAGUUCGACUCGAUGUUCGAUCCAUGACAGACCACUCGGAGAAAAUCAUAAUUCCUAGUAAUACCCUCAUCCGUAGCAACACCAAUAGUAAUUCCUCGUCCGCAA